UUGCAAUCCGAGGCACAGAAUCGCACUCAAUCUGAACCGUCGAAACCUAAAAUAAUCAACGGUUGAAACUCGCCUCCGGAAAACCCUCCCAAAUCCCCCCUCUAUAAAAACAGUCUCCGAAGCCGAACCAUUCUCACCGCCAUUUCAUAGAAACUCUGCCAUUCCAAAUACAACAGAUUGUCCACGGUAAUCGUUCCAAUGGCUCGCACCAAGCAGACAGCCCGCAAGUCCACCGGAGGAAAGGCUCCGCGGAAGCAGCUGGCGACGAAGGCGGCGAGGAAGUCAGCUCCGGCGACGGGCGGAGUAAAGAAGCCGCACCGUUUCCGGCCGGGAACCGUCGCGCUGAGGGAGAUCCGCAAGUACCAGAAGUCGACGGAGCUUCUGAUCCGGAAGCUCCCGUUCCAGAGACUGGUGAGGGAGAUCGCCCAGGAUUUCAAGACGGAUCUGAGGUUCCAGAGCAGCGCCGUGUCGGCGCUGCAGGAGGCGGCGGAGGCGUAUCUCGUCGGACUGUUCGAGGACACGAAUCUGUGCGCGAUUCACGCAAAGAGGGUCACCAUUAUGCCCAAGGACAUGCAGCUCGCCAGGAGGAUUCGCGGGGAGAGGGCUUAAUCUUCUGCUUUUUCCUCAAAAUCAUUUCCUGUUUUGCGUAAUUUUAUGAGCUGUAAAUCCUAGGGUGGAACUUUGCUUUUACCUGAUCGCCAAUGAAAU